AUGGGUAUAGUGUUUACGCGGUUGUUUUCGUCUCUGUUCGGGAACAAGGAAGCUCGGAUCCUAGUACUGGGGCUCGACAAUGCCGGAAAAACCACAAUUCUAUAUCGGCUUCAGAUGGGUGAAGUAGUCUCCACUAUUCCCACAAUUGGAUUUAAUGUGGAAACGGUGCAAUAUAACAACAUAAAGUUUCAAGUUUGGGAUCUAGGUGGACAAACGAGUAUUAGGCCUUACUGGAGGUGCUACUUUCCCAAUACCCAAGCCAUAAUCUAUGUUGUUGAUUCAAGUGAUACUGAUAGGCUGGUGGUUGCAAGAGAGGAAUUUCACGCAAUAUUGGAGGAGGAAGAGUUAAAAGGUGCUAUUGUCCUCAUAUUUGCAAAUAAACAGGAUCUUCCUGGUGCACUUGAUGAUGCUGCAGUGACUGAGGCCUUAGAGUUGCACAAGAUUAAAAACCGCCAAUGGGCUAUUUUCAAAACUUCUGCCAUAAAAGGGGAAGGGCUGUUUGAGGGCUUGGACUGGUUGAGUAAUACACUUAAAUCUGGAGGUGGCUAA